AACCACAUGGGUCUGCUGUGAUCUCCACAGAACUGAAGGAGGUGAAAGCAGCGGGACGUCGGCGGUCUGCCUCCAGGAGGAAGUUGCACACAAAUCCAGAUCUAGAACCGGAUCAAGAACCUAACCAUGAGAUGCUGAAUCCUCAGCCUGAGCUGGAUUCUGAACUCACAGAACCAGCUCCUGGUUCUGAGGAGGAGAACAGAACCUGCCCUGCUCCUGCUGCCCCGCCUACUGACCCUGACCCUGAGGAGGUUAACCCCCAAUCUCCUACCUUGGACCUCAAACCAGAUCCUGAUCCAUCAGAGGAGAACCGGUCCAGUCUGAGCCACAGCCUGGCCCUCGCUGAGUCUGUCAGCAGUCCCAUCAGGGUCGCCAUGGAGACAGAUGGGGGUGGGGUCAGUCCCAUGGAGCAGAGUCCCCACUGCAGUCCUCCGGUGUCCCCCUGUGUACGACUCGAGGAUGAGGACUCGCUGUCCCCCCUGUUCCAGAGGUCCCUGUCAGAGGACUCAGGGGGGUCGCCCACCCCCAGCCUGGAUCACACCAGUAGACG